GAGCAGGAAACAGCUUUUCCUCUCGGGUUGUCGCAGUAGGAACAAACACACAUUUUUGUCUUUGCUCAAUGCACCCCUCGGCACAGAACACGCGGAAGCCGGUCAGAAGGAAAAAUGCCUCCUUCGAUAGAGAUAGCCGUUCUGCUUCUCGGCGUCCUGGCUUUGGAGACGCGCCGGAGUGCCAGCGCGCUGCACAUCCAACAGGCAUUCGCGUCUCCAAAUCAGACCAAUAACUUCGUGGUGGAUGCGGUGUCCAGAAAAGUCUACCUGGCUACGGUUAACACAAUUUACCAGCUGAAUGGGACCUUGACAGUUGAAGUGGAGAAAAGGACUGGACCGGUGGAGGACAACCUGUUGUGCCAUGCGCCACAGCUUCCCCAGGCUCCUUGCGAGCAUCCCAAAUCCCUCACUGACAACUACAACAAGCUCCUUAAACUGGACCGCGAACAAGGGGUCGUGGUUGUGUGCGGAUCCGUGUAUCAAGGCUUUUGUGAGCUCAGAAAAAUUGAGAAUAUUUCAGAGAUAGCGGUGGAGUUCCCAUCCCAGGGUGAAAAGACUGUUUUCCCCAGCAUGCUGAACAUCGCUGCCAAUCACCCGAACGCAUCCACGGUGGGGCUCAUCUUAAAGAGCCACGGAGGAAACACCCGGCUUCUCGUUGGGGCGACGUACACAGGGGCUGGAACCCAGUUUUUCCCAAAGAACCACAGUAAAGAGGACCUGCGGUUUGAAAACACCCCGGAGAUUGCAAUCCGCUCCUUGAACAUCAAGGAUUUACCCAGACUUUUCACCUAUGACAUUAAUCCCUCUGAGGAUAACGUAUUCAAGAUCAAACAAGAGGAUAAAACCAAAAAUAAACUGAACUUCGUACACGCUUUCAUCCAGAAGACUUAUUCAUAUAUCGCCUUCAACAAUGAUGCGAAAAUGGGCCUCAAGGAGAGCCAGCCCAACAGCAUCCUCGCGAGGAUAUGUCUGGAUACCGAUAACCCCCGAAAACCCAGCGGGCCGGAGAGCAGGAAGCUCACUGAAUCGUACAUCCAGAUGCCUUUACAAUGUGGAUUUAACGGGAACAAUUUCAAACGGGUGUUGUCCAUGUACCCCGCGGAGAUCCACGCAGGUGAGGGGAAAAGCCCUGAGCCGUACUUGUUUGGAGUGUUUUCUAAGGGAGACAGAAAGUCUGCACUUUGCGCUUUCAAGUUUAGAGACAUCGAGGAGGAGAUACGGCAAGGCCGCAGGAACUGCUCCAACUCUCCCAGCAGCGACGUUCAGGUGCUGGACAGCGUCAUCCAGGGCUCCGGGGCAGCCUGCGUCCAGAAGGGAAACCUUGUGUUGCAGUCCGAGCAGCUGGACUGCGGUGCAGCCCACCUGCAACACCCACUGGCUUUACGGAGGCCCCUUAGGGCCAUUCCUCUGUUUGAAGGCACAAGUUUCAGUUCAGUCUCUGUGGACAACGUACAAAACCACACCGUGGUUUUUCUGGGAACCAGUAAUGGAAGACUUCGUAAGCUGACCCUUCUGGCGAACAUGACCAUGGUCAAUCAGUGGACGCUGACGCUGCGAGCCAACGAAGCAGUCCACCACAUCAUGACCUUCGACCCCAACGACAGCAACUUUCUUUAUGUCAUGACCUCUCACCAUAUGCUGAGAGUAAAAGUGGCAGACUGUGAUCAGUGGAGGAGCUGCAGUGACUGUUUGGGAGCAGGUGACGCCCACUGUGGCUGGUGUACUCUGGAGAAUAGAUGUACCAUCCAGAAAGAGUGCGCUAAGGGGCUGUUGGCUCGUUCUUGGAUCAGCAUGGGUGAAGGCCCCCAGCAGUGUCCUUCCAUGACCCUGACACCCUCAGAGAUCAGCAUCUCUGCAGACAUCAAGGAUGUUGGCAUCUUGAUAAAUGGCAGCGUUCCGGAUCUGAUUGGCUCCCGUGUGGAGUGUGAAUAUGAGCCGGGGGUUUCUACAGUUGCCACUGUGCACCUGGACUCCAGUUCAGGUCAGAUCCAGACCUGCCCUCUCUUCCCGCAAGAAAGCUAUCAACCAAUCCUCCCUGGGAAAGAUCACCUGACUGUUUCUGUGGCGAUAAAAGUAAAUGGCACGUCUGUGGUAUUUGGGAGCUUCAUCAUCUACGACUGCGAAAGGACUGGAAAAAUACAUCCAAAGACAUCAUGUAUGAGUUGCUUGAGUACAAGGUGGAAGUGUUACUGGGACCAAAAGAACCACCUAUGUGUCUCCAGUAAAGAUGAUUCAAAUCACAACCAGCUUGAGAAUGCUGCUUCCUGUCCCAGCCUGGUUUCCUCUGAGGUUCCUCCAUCACCAUCAGGAAUGGUCCAAGACUUCACGUUAUCCCUGAGCAACAUCCAGGAGAAUGAGAAGCUGGAGUGUGACUUUGGAACAGAGCAGCGAUAUGAGGCCACAUGGCUGAACAGCACGACUGUCAAGUGUAGUGGAGUGACGCUUUCCACUAAUCAGAGGAGUCAGAUUUACCACCUCAACCUGAGGAGGCGAGGAAACUUUAUUGGACACAGGGAGGAUGUAUUCAUUGACAGCCCUCAGCCCAUGAAAGUGGAAGUGUACAACUGUGGAGUGGGUAGCUCGGACUGUUCCCAGUGCUGGGGCCGGGAGGCUCAGGGGCACCUCUGUGGCUGGUGUGAGAGCGUCUGCAAACUGAGGAAUGAAUGUCAGCCAAUAAGGGAUCAGUGUCCUAAUCCUGAGAUCCAUGAGAUCUCCCCCCUGAGGGGUCCAGUGGAAGGAGGCACCCUGCUGACAGUUCAGGGCAGGAAUCUGGGAAGGAGGGCUGAAGCAGUGAAGGUCUUUAUAGGAGAUGUGCAGUGUACUCUGCUGCCUGCGCAAUACAUUGUCUCCACAGAGCUGGUGUGUGUCACUGGGAGGGCUGCAGAUAACAGGACCGAUAUUGUCCAAGUGGAUGUGGCGCAGAGUGGGAUGGGGAAGUCAAAGGAGAGCUUCUCAUAUUUAUUCCCAAAACUGCUGUCCAUGGAGCCAGGGAGGGGCUCUCGCACUGGAGGAACCAGAGUGACCAUCAGUGGGGAACACCUGGACAUUGGCUCCCAGGUUAAAGUAAAGGUCAACAACACACUGGAAUGCGACAUCACGAAGAAAACAGAUCAAACAAUUGAAUGCAUCAUGCCUCCAGCUUCGCAGGCACACACUGACCCAGUGACAGUGUGUGUGGAGUUUGAGGACAAUUCCUGUCAGGGUGCAGAGCUUAGCACCACAUACACCUAUGAGAAGAACCCCACUAUCAGCUCGAUCCACCCCCAAAAGAGCUUCCUCAGUGGUGGCAGGUUCAUCACAGUGACAGGCCGGGGUUUUGAUCUGGUGCAGACUGUCACCAUGCAGGUGCUGGAAACUGCAGAUUUGUCUUCUCAGGUCCUUCGACAGCAGUGUGAAGUGAUCACGUCUUCCAUGAUUAUCUGCCGCUCUCCAUCGUCCAGCCAGUCCCAUCAGACCCCAGUGCAGUUUUUUCUGAAUGGAGUCCUCUACAAGGAUGACAGGCGUUCCUCCUCUGAUACCGAUGAGGAAGAAGAGGAGGACCCUCAUAUAGGUCACUUCCUCUUGGAAUAUGUGGAGGAUCCUCAGUUUUUCACUGCCAACAAGGAGAAGCUGAUUAAACACCAUUCAGGGGAGCCACUGACGCUCAUCAUCAAUAAAGUGCCGAGCGGUCUGGAGUUGAUGCCGGAGGAAUACUCAGUGAUGAUUGGCUCCUAUCCCUGCAACAUCACCUUUCAUAAUGACCAGCUGUUCCACUGCACUAUCAAGGGACUGUCCAGCUCCAGCGAACGGGAACUUCCCGUCACUGUGCAAGUGGGGAACUUUCGACAUGCAAUUGCCAUAGUGCAGCUCGGCGGCAGCGAGCUGGCCAUCGUGGUAUCCAUUGUAGUGUGCUGUGUGCUACUGCUGCUGUGCACUGUGGCUCUUGUAGUGUACUGCACGAAGAGCCGAAGGGCAGAACGCUACUGGCAGAAAACGCUGCUCCAAAUGGAGGAGAUGGAGUCCCAGAUCAGAGAGGAGAUUCGUAAAGGCUUUGCAGAACUCCAGACAGACAUGACAGACCUGACCAAGGAACUGAAUCGCAGCCAGGGCAUCCCCUUUUUGGAGUACAAACAGUUUGUCACGCGCACCUUCUUCCCCAAGAUGUACUCAGAUUACGAGAAAAGUCUGGUCCAGCAUGCCUACGAGAAUGAUACUCUGGGACCUCGAGCGUUGCCAGAGACCCACCCACUGCUGCAGGACUGGCAGGCCACCAACACAACAAGGCCUAACAUAGAAGAGGGCAUCACUCUGUUCUCCACUCUCCUCAAUAACAAACACUUCCUGAUCACGUUCGUCCAUGCCCUGGAGCAGCAGAAAGACUUCGCUGUGCGGGACAGAUGUAGCCUGGCGUCCUUGCUCACCAUCGCCCUCCAUGGCAAGCUGGAGUACUACACUAGUAUCAUGAAAGAUCUGCUGGUGGACCUGAUUGAUGCCUCGGCUUCUAAAAACCCCAAACUGAUGCUGCGCCGGACUGAGUCGGUUGUGGAGAAAAUGCUGACCAACUGGAUGUCCAUCUGCAUGUACAGCUACCUCAAGGAAACAGUGGGUGAGCCUUUUUUCCUGCUGCUGUGUGCAAUCAAGCAGCAGAUCAACAAGGGCUCAAUAGACGCCAUCACAGGAAAGGCCCGCUAUACCCUCAAUGAGGAGUGGCUGCUGCGUGAGAAUAUUGAGGCCAAGCCACAGAACAUCAACGUGUCCUUCCAGGGCUGUGGCAUGGACUCACUAUCUGUCAGGGUCAUGAACACAGACACAAUCUGCCAAGUUAAGGAAAAAAUCAUUGAAGCCUUUUAUAAAAACCUCCCAUUCUCCCAGUGGCCUCAAGCAGAGGAUGUCGACCUGGAGUGGUUUGACUCAGGCAGCAACAGUAAGCUUUUGCAGGACUUGGACAACUCCUCAGUGAUGGAGGAUGGCCGAAAGAAACUCAACACAGUCUUCCAUUAUCAGAUUCCAGAGGGGGCAUCGCUGGCCAUGAGCAUGAAAGACAAGAAAGAGAACACCCUGGGGAGAGUUAAAGAUCUGGAUACUGAGAAGUAUGUACACUUGGUGCUACCUCAUGAUGAGCUAAUGGAGACCAAGAAGUCACACAGGCAGGGUCAUCGCAAGAAAGUCCUGCCUGAAAUCUACCUGACACGCCUGCUGUCUACAAAGGGAACUCUUCAGAAGUUCUUGGAUGACCUCUUUCAGGCCAUCCUCAGCAUCCCUCCAGACCGCCCUCCUCUAGCGGUUAAAUACUUUUUUGACUUCCUGGAGGAGCAGGCUGACAAACGGGGCAUCACAGACCCAGACACCCUGCACAUCUGGAAGACCAACAGUUUACCGCUACGGUUCUGGGUAAACAUCCUGAAGAAUCCUCAGUUUGUGUUUGACAUUGAUAAGACAGAUCACAUGGAUGCCUGUCUAUCUGUCAUCGCCCAGGCCUUCAUCGAUGCCUGCUCCAUUUCUGACCUGCAACUAGGCAAAGACUCCCCUACCAACAAGCUGCUGUAUGCCAAGGAGAUCCCAGAGUAUAAGAAGAGAGUGCAGUGCUACUACCAGCAGAUACAAGAAAUGCCACCCCUCAGCGAGCAGGAGAUGAAUGCUCACCUAGCCGAGGAGUCACGAAAAUACAGAAAUGAAUUCAACACCAACCUGGCCUUGACAGAAAUCUACAAGUAUGCCAAGAGAUACAGAAACCAGGUGGUGAACGCUCUGGAGUCUAACCCCACUGCACGUCGCACUCAGCUGCACCACAAGUUUGAGCAGGUCAUUGCCCUUGUGGAGGACAACAUCUAUGAGUGCUGCAGUGAAGCCUGAACCUGCCAAUACCUUCUGCUCACAAUCUCUUCCUCCUGCUGCCAGCUGCCUUUCUUCCACUUACAUGGUAACUUGGGAAUGUCAGUCACAGACGUUAUCCUUCAUAAGUGUUAUUCUUCAAGCAGACUGUUACCAGGAUGAAAAGUGGCAGAGCAAAGGACUAAUACCUGCCUCUCAAGCAUCAUACAUUUGCCAAGCGUCCCUCCUUUCAUAUGGGGAUGCCAGGAACUUUUCCCAAAAAUCCAUGAAACAGGCACAGUUCCGGCUGGACUCUAUUAUGCUUUAGAGGGAAUGUGUGGGAGCUCAGAGAUGUGGCUCUUUGGGAUGUCUUUGCAGUUACUGGGACCUACAGUUAGCCCUGGUGGCAACCUUAACGCACUGAACCCUUUUCUGAAGGGAACGAGCCAAUGAUGCACUGUACUGUAAUAUAAUGUCCAUAGCAAUAUUUAUAGAUGUGUUAUAAUGCUUUCAAGUGGCCUGUUCAUCAGGAUUAGUAGGACCACGAUAAACUCCUCUCAUCUCCUAAAGCCUGCAACGUUCUCAGGUGUGUUUGGUGAAGAUGGGCGUUGGACUCCCAUUGGUGCUUUGAUAAUAUGUCCCAAUGUGCUUUGCAGGUUGAUGACGGGUUGAGGAGGAGUGGGAAGAAGAAUAUAAGUGACUGAAAUUCAUGAAAUCAAAUGUAAUGUAGUUCACUGGGAAGAGCUGCAUCAGUAUAUGUGUUGAUCGGUGUGCUUGUCAAUGAAUGGUAAUCAUGUUGGAUUCUGAUCAAAUUUAAAAGAGGGAAAUUUACAUUUAAAAAAAAAAAAUGAGCUCAAUAUAAUCAGAUGAGAGACUGUAUUUGUGAUGCCAAAUGACUUGUCAGAGUUUGUGAAAUAAAUUACAGUAUUUAGGAUUUUAAA